AUUUUUCUAUGUAACGGACGUGUCAAAUUGAAUAUAUUAUUUUAUUUUAUAUUUUCGUUCGUCGUUUGAGAAAUAGUGCUGUGAUUUGUAUGUUAAUUGAUGUGCAAUUUUUUAUAAACUAUUUGAAAGAAAUUCUUUCUAAAAUUAUGUAACUACAAAACAUCUUUUAAUGCGAUGUGUUUAAAACGAUAGCAAAUAAUUAUUUAUUGGAUGUUUGUGUACCUACGUUUCAUAGUGAAGUUAUGAAUAAUAAUAUGGUAUAUUCUUUUCGAUAAAUGCUCCUUAAAUUAUUUGAAUUUAAUUUAUCAAAAUGUCACAAAGUCACAGGAUGCAGUAUUUGGCUGCAUUUGCCGUGUCAAUAGCAACAAUGACGACGAGUACGGCGUAUUUCUGGACCGCCCCCAUCCUUCCGAAGUUCCACAGUAAUGAGACCAGCAUUAGAAUAUCGAAUAGCGAGAUCUCGUGGGUGGUCGCAAUGAUUUCGCCAGGCAUGGUCACAGGCAGCCUGGCUGCCAGCGGAGUGUCGGACAAGUUCGGCAGGCGAGUCACUCUACUUGCUAGUGCUUUACCUUUUAUCAUUGGCACGGCGUUCGUGUUGCACGCAACGAAACCCUGGCUGCUAUACAUCGGCAGGUUUUUGUGGGGACUAGGGUCCGGCAUGAUUACUACGGUUACAAGCGUCUAUUUAUCAGAAAUAGCAGAUAAAGAGAUCAGAGGAACUCUAACCGCUGGGACGAGGUUCAUGUUCAGUUUUGGAGCUCUCCUAAUGCUGGCGAUAGGGUCUUUCGUGUCCUAUCAAGUUCUGAGCUACUUUCUAAUCGCACUGCCCAUUUGUUACUUCUUAGCCUGCUGGAGAAUUCCCGAAACACCCUAUUAUUUGCUCAAAGAAGGCAAGGUGGAUACUGCAAAGAAAGAAUUGAUGAGACUCAGUGGGAACAAGAAUGAAAAGAUGAUCGAAGAGAAGUUGUCCCAAAUGCGGUCCGAUGUAAGAAAGGAGAUGCAGCGGUCUAGUUCAGCAAAGGAACUGCUCACUGGCAAGCAAUAUAGGAAAGCUGUUAUAGUAACUGCUGGUCUACGAUUUACUCAACUUUUUGCUGGCAGUAUACCCAUACAGCAGUAUAUGGGCCGUAUCAUUCAACAAAGUAACUGCGGCUUGCGAGUUUCAACUGCCCUCGUUAUUUUUGGAGCUGUUAGAUUUGUAGUUGGUUUCAUAUCACCAAUGAUCGUCGACAAGGUGGGCCGUCGUCCACUGCUCAUUUACACCUACCUAGGCUCCUGUGUGAUGCUGGCCAUGGUAGGAGCCUACUUCUUCCUCCAACAAGUCAUCGGCAUCGACGACGAAUCCACAAACCCAUUUCGCUUCGUCGUAUUUGUUGGGAUUGUCAUUUCUAUAGUCAUAUCUAGCAUAGGCUUUGACACUUUAAUAUUUAUUAUUCCUUCAGAAAUCUUCCCUUUGAAUGUUAGAUCAGUUGCGAUGACUGUAUUAAAUAUUUUUUCUGCCUUCGUUACUUUUAUUGUUGUUAAAGGAUACCAACCUAUGGAGGACUGGACGGGGUUGUACGGAAUAUUUUGGUUAUACGCUGUCAUGGCCUUCAUUGGAGCAAUAUUUACAUAUUUUAUCGUCCCAGAAACUAAAGGAAAAAGUUUGAGAGAAAUACAAAUAGAAUUACAAGGCAAUAUAUACGAUCAACCUGAUGAUCUUUUGAAGGCACGAGACGAGACAGAGAUCAACGAAAACACAGAAUUAAAAGAGAUUACAAGAUGAAUGACUUAAUGACCUUCAGAUUGAUUGAAAAAUACCAGUUGGUAUAUGAUGUUAGAAGAUCUAGCAAUUAUGGUUAAUAAAAAUGUUGGAGCUGUAAUUAAAAGUACUAUAAAAAGAGUUGU